AUGAAUAUCUAUUUGGCUUGGUUCCUGAUCUUCAACAUCAUAAUGUUCCUCGCGCUGUCCGUAUGUCUGCCAGUAUUGAGCAGCAACUCGGGUUGUAGUGCUAUUACCAAUUGUGAUCCGUUUUUGCCUGUCUGCGCAUCGUCGACAAAUGAGCACCAAUUCUUCUACAGCAUUUGUGAAAUGUUGCUGGAUGCCUGCCUUACGGGAAAGGAUUGGAAACCGGAUUACUUCAAUCACUGCAAUGUCAGUAGACUUUAG